AUGACAGAACUAAAUGCAGAGAAAACUAAAACCUUGCUCCACAAACUUAAAGCUAACGUCUACCAUAAUAGCGGUAAAGCCAACAAAUACCUAGCUAAUAGACUCCGUGCUAGAAACGCCAACACAAAAACAGCACGCAUUGUAGGGGAUGACGGCACACAGCACCAGACACCAGCAGACAUCAGUAGGGAAUUCGCAAAGUUCUACUCCAAACUAUACAACCUGCAAUUGUCGGGCGCUACAUACAUAGCGAGUCACACAGAAAUAGACGACUUCCUAAGGCAGACCAACCUCCCCAAUUGUCCCUUGACCAAAAAACAUCGCUAA